AGAAGGGCGCGCCCGUUCAAACGCAGCCGCGUCCAGAGCCCCAUUAUUGCGCGGGAGAGUGUCCAGAGCAGUGAGCAGUGUAGCGGUGUAGCUAGCUGUGUGUACCCGGAGAGCGACGAGCAGAGCGCCAUGGACCCAAUGCACGCAGCGGACGACAUCGCGAGCCUACUGCACCAAAUAUACCAGAGGGCCGCCACGACGAUUCAGGCCGCAUGGCGCGGACACUGGGCGAGGAAGAAGGUGUUUUCGUACCACAUCUACGUCGCGUGGAGGGCGCGCUGUCUGCUCCGGGGCCACCACCUCAUGCAGGAGAUGAUGGAUCAAAGAGAACUUCUCGAAAAACAAGAUCGCUCUCUGGCAGAGUACGAGGCUGAAAAAUGCUCCCAAGUAGUUUUACGCAAACUGCAUCAUCUUGUUUCAACAAAAUCAACUCCAGGAGUUUUUAAUUCUACCAGAAAUCCGUGCGCUCGAGCAGUAGAGGAUGGGCUGCGGAAAGUUAGGUUUCGCACACUGUCCACACCUCAUCCAGAAAACUGUACUGGACUGGCCGAUCAAGUUCGAGCCUUAGAGUGGGAAGCAACACAAGGUCAAAAACUUUCUGUACAGAGGGCUGUGCACCUUCCAAAGAUCUGGAAAUCGCGACUAAGAAGUCUUCAAAGUAUUGCAACUUAGGAGAAGAUACAUGUGUUACACUAUGACCUCCCUAGCUCUGAGGAUAAGAAUGAAAGUAAUACAGAAGAAAAUGUGACAAUUGUGAUAGAUUGAACAGUAAAGAAAAUGCAAUUAAAUCAAAGAGUGAAAACAUUAAGAAAAUUAUGUUUUUCAUAAUGAUUUAUUGACUUAACUCUGCACCUGUAAUGCAAGAUGCAAGACCCAGGACAUACAUGUUAUUUUAGCUUUCUGACAAAAAUAAUAUAAGUAAAUUUUUUCAGAAAAACAAAGACUUACUCUAGAUGAGUCAAUAUGUAAAAAAAAAUGGCACUGUCAUAAAGUUUUUUUAAAAUCAAAAGUUGAAGAAAUGAAGUGGAUGAGCAUAAGAAAAAGAUUUGUGACAGGAAUUCGUAAGUACCACACUGAUUAAAAGCAGAAGUCAAAAACUUGAUUGAAUAGCAUGCCUGUUACCUACAAUAAGAAAUAUUUUGUAAAAAAAAAGAAAAACUUCAUGUUAUGAAAUUAUUUGACACAGCUUACAAUGCUGCUUGUAAAAAUAGAAAAAGACAGUACAUGAUUACAAGGAAAGAAGUUUAAAAAUCA